UUUUCUCUUCAGCAGUCUUGAGGCAGGAAACCCAGGGGUUGCACUCAGUGAACAUCCCCCUUUCCUUCUCCCUUAGCCUCUCUCUCUCAGACACAUCCAGACUUACUGGUGCUGACCCAUACAGCUGGUGGGAUGCUGACCUUUCUGAGGGGAGCUGUGCAGCCGGUGACUGUCAGCAGGGCGAGGGAUAUUGUCCAGAAACGCAACUCCAGCAUCUACAGCAAACCACCCAAAAGCAAAAUCGGACCUGGGCAAAGUUUCUUCAUCAUGUCUGUGUUUGCCGUUGCCCUCCUGGCCCCCGCAGGAUGGAUUCUGCACCACAUCCCAGAAUAUCGUCAGAGAGCUAAACCCCCACCAUCUUGAAGAACACACACCUUUGUCAUGUUCAACUUACCGGGUGUCUUGUACCACUGACAGACCUGGCUGCCUCUAAAGCAUUAUUCACCUCCAUUAAAAAAAAAAGAGACCUCCCACAAGCAACAUCACAAGUAAUAUAAAAAAAAAAGUGUAUAAUAAAAUGGCACAAAUAACCAAUAAUACAAUUGUCAAAUUAGAAGAGAGAAAUUGGCCCAAUUUGAAUCUAACAAGAACUUUAAUUCCUCGGUGUUUAAUGCCUUAGGACUGCGGCCCUUAUUACAUGCAUCACUGUAUGCUUUGUCCUUUAAUAAAGACUCUUUUUGCACCAUC